UGCGUGUGUUGUAAGUGGAGUUUUUAUUUUUUCCUGACUGAGCGCUAUCCAAAUCAUUUUCAAGGAUCAAUUAGGAAAGAAAGAUUGAAGAGCGCGAACAAAAAUGACGUUAGCUCCUUCUUUGCCUCGCUUCCAUUCUCCUUUCCUUUGUUGCCCUCUGAAAUCCACUUCCCUCUGCAAGUCCCUCCCAAUUCAGCGUAAAUCCACGUCGUUCCCAUGUAUUAGAGCCGUCGAAUUCGACCAAAACACGGUAGUGGCCGUAACCGUCGGCCUUGCGAGUGUGGCCAUCGGGAUCGGCAUUCCGGUAUUCUAUGAAUCCCAAAUUGAUAAAGCUGCUAAGAGAGAGAACACUCAGCCUUGCUUCCCUUGCAAUGGUUCCGGCGCCCAGAGAUGCAGAUUUUGCAUGGGAACAGGGGAAUGUGACCGUAGAUGGCUGGGCGGGGAUGAGAAAGAGGUGUCUCGAUGCAUAAAUUGUGAUGGUGCUGGUUCAUUAACAUGCACCACUUGUCAGGGAACCGGAAUUCAACCUCGCUACCUCGACCGUAGAGAAUUCAAAGAUGAUGACUGAGCACAGCAAAGAAAACGAGGCGGAGAUUUUGGAAUUACUUAUGAGGCUAAUGUACUGAUUGAAUUUCCAUGAUGUGUACGUCCUUCAUAAAAAUGUACAAAAUUGCAUUCAUGUUUUAAUUUGGUUUACCUGUUUAUCAGUGAUACAAUGCUUCCUCCCUUUCGUGACGUAUCACAAUCUCUGUAGAAUUUUGACGCUUUCUUUUUCUCCGUUAUAGAAUAUUGGACAUCGGAUAGGUGUUUGGAAUAUGAGAUUGAAAUUACACCGCCGUAAAUGUAUUCUUUACGGAUGAUUCUGAUCUCAGCAGUUAA